CCAUCUGUUUGGCUUCCAAGAAACUGAUUUUCCCGUGCUUGAUUGCGGUGGAAAGUGGAAAACAAACACCAAACACGCCCCAUCGCCAGCCAGGCCCUUGCAUUUUUAAUCACUUUCUCAGGCUCUCGCCUUCCUAUCCAAGCCCGCGAGUGAGUUAGAUAAAGAGUGAGGAAGAAGGAAAGCUCCGGCUAUGGCGGAUCUGAUGCGAAGAUUGUCUGGAGAACAGUGUCUAACCUACGCCUACAUUCUCCUCUACAUAGCCCUCUCCAGCGGCCAGAUAUUCUUCAACAAGUGGGUAUUGUCCUCAAAAGAAAUAAAUUUCCCGUAUCCUCUUGGAUUAACUCUACUUCACAUGGUCUUUUCUUCCGUACUGUGUUUUGUACUGACUAAGGUUCUCAAGAUUAUGAAAGUAGAAGAAGGGAUGACUACAGAAAUAUAUACUACAUCAGUCAUCCCAAUUGGUGCGAUGUUUGCAAUGACUCUAUGGCUUGGAAAUACUGCCUAUCUCUAUAUAUCAGUUGCAUUUGCACAAAUGUUGAAAGCAAUUAUGCCUGUAGCUGUUUUCAUUCUUGGAGUUGCUGCUGGACUUGAAGUGAUGAGCUGUAGGAUGCUUUUAAUAAUGUCUGUGAUAAGUUUUGGUGUUCUAGUGGCUUCCUAUGGGGAGAUAAAUAUCAGCUGGAUUGGUGUGGUUUAUCAAAUGGGAGGUGUUGUUGGAGAAGCUUUGAGGCUUAUAUUCAUGGAGAUUCUGGUUAAGAGGAAGGGUCUCAAGCUAAACCCUAUAUCUGUCAUGUACUAUGUUAGUCCCUGCAGUGCUCUUUGCUUGUUGGUUCCAUGGAUUUUUCUGGAGAAGCCAAAGAUGGACGAAGAGGGGACAUGGAAUUUCAAACCUCUUAUCCUAACACUCAACUCUCUCUGUACAUUUGCUCUUAAUCUAUCUGUUUUCCUUGUGAUCUCGCAUACAAGUGCUUUAACGAUUCGUGUGGCUGGAGUUGUCAAGGAUUGGGUGGUUGUCCUAUUAUCAGCACUUCUGUUUGCCGACACAAAGCUGACAAUUAUAAAUCUGUUUGGUUAUGGCAUUGCCAUUGCAGGUGUAGCUGCAUAUAAUAACCACAAGUUGAAGAGGGAAACUUUUCGAGGCACCCCUGAUGAUUCUCUACAUUCCCAAUCUGUUCCAUUAGCUUCACCUUCAACUUCUGAUGCAUAGAUAAAAUUAGGGCGGCCUAACAAUUUUUAGUUUAAGCUGUUUUGACAUUGGGGAACGAGAACAACAUACACCGUUGUACUGUAAGCAAUGUGUAAAUUUGAGAAUAUCACAAUAUUCUGCCAUGAAAAGGUAUGGCAGUUAUCGACUCUUUUCAUUCAUUCUUAGGGAAUCCUCAAGAAGGAAAUUUUUUGAAUGUAAAGUGAUCUCUGGGUUUUUGUCACAGCGAAGCGCAGUAGGGGUAGUGAAUCAUGAUAAUUUGUAGCUGCUGUUUGAAACCUGGAACCUCUCUUCACAAAGGGUAUAGAGCUGCAGUGUUUUCUUUUUU